AUGUUCUACAGUCAUGAGAUCUUAACAAGCCGCAAAUAUGGCGUUGCAACCAUCUGGUUGGUGGCCACACUCGGCGCGAAGUCAAACACCAAGAAAGUCUCCAAGAAGGCAAUCCUCGAUGUCAAUGUCAAGAAAGCUUGCGAGACCAUCAUCGAGCCAGAGGCACCAAUGGCAUUGAGACUCCAGAGCAAUCUUCUCUAUGGGGUUUCCAAGGUCUACAAUCAACAAUGGGAAUACCUUCUCUUGGACACGCAGACAGCUCAGAAUACCAUGCGGACGCUUAUUAAGGUUGCGCGUAGUGCGGAACUCGACGCGGCUGCAAUUAAGGCUCAUCCUGAUCAACUGAUUAUGAUGGACGAUCCUGCCUUUGUCAUCGACAUGCCUGCUCCUCCACUCGAUUUCGACUUCUCAAACAUGGAACUCAACCCAAAAGGCGACUCUCAGCGGUCCUCGCAAUCCAUGCUUUCCAUCCGUGGUCGCAGCGGCUCCGUACUUUCACAAGCCUCCGCAUCUUCGCUGCUCGGGUUCAACAUUCCUUCAAGCAAUGGUGGAUCAUAUCAGCUGCCUAUAAUUGACCCUUUCGGUGACUCAUCUGCGCAGAAGCCGUUCGGAAACGGCCUUGGCAUUUUCAAUGAUGAGGAAGACCUCAUCUUGCAAGAUGAUGAUCUCUUCGACUUCGAUGCAGAUGGGCAACUUCGCGAUAUCCCUGCCAGUGAGAGAAUCGCCCGUCGAGCUGCUAGUAUCAAUCCCCAGCAUCAAGUUGGAAGUGAUUCUGCUGCCAGUGGACGUGUUCGAAAGGAGCACGCAGAUGCAUUUGUUGGUCGGAUUCAGAGUCUCGACGGCGACGGCCAUUUCGAUCUGCCUCUGUAUGAUGAGGACAUGCCCGUUUUUCCAGAUGCUGAACCAUUUCCUCUUAUGACUGGCGGUCUUGGUGGAAUCGAUAGACCCUUGCAUUUAUCCGAUGAGGAUCGAGUCAUGUCUGCUUCCGACGAAUCUUCCGUCUCUGCUGAAGCUCCCCAGCGACGGAAGAAAAAGGCCAAGCGCCCAACCGUUGAUGCUAGUACUGAGAUUCGUAAUGCCGUUCUCAGCCAGUGGAUCAUGGAGUAUCCUGAGAACAUGGCAGCAAGUGCUCGUGUCAAGAUCAAGCAUCACGCUGCUACACAAGCUAAAAAGAACGCUUUUUAUUACGUUUACGGUUCUGGUAUCAAUUCUGCAGGAGAUUUCAUCGGAGCAGGAAGGUUUGCUAACCCAUUGGCAAUGUUCUCCGGCAAUGAAAUCAUGGCCAAGAUUACUGGCAACCCAAUCCCUGAGCCGAAGUCUAAGAAGCGUACGAAGCGUACUCUUGUAGUGGACGAGGAAGAUGAGGAGGAAAACCCUAACAAGCGAGCUAGGGAGGAUGAAGUUGGACGUGGUAGUUAUGAAGACGACAUGAUGUUGAACCUGGAGGACGACCAGUACGCAAACUCCCACGAACAAAGCGUUGAGGUAGGCAGAGAUGCUGCAAGCGCUCUGGCCGACCAUCCUCCAUCAGCAAUGCCAUGGAACAUCUCAGCGUCUCUGCACUCCCACCAGCGCGGUCAGUCGUCUUCCGUUCAAGGUCGUGUUGGAAUACUCGGCUCUCAGGUCGGCUCCGUCACUGGUCGGCGUCUCACUUCUCCACUUGUAGGUCGUGGCUCAGCGAUACCUGGGGACCUUGAGCAGUUUUCUCAGCUGAUGGAUGAUGACAUGGUUAUGUAUGGUCGUGACGAUGAUGGUCUCGGAAGUGCAAGUCAAGCCUCUGGUUUCCAUCCUGGCGGCAUGCGUACAUCCAGUCAAGGUGCUGGAGGAGAUGACUUUGAGAUUUUCGGCGCCGCCGCUGGUGUUGAUACCCAGACUGCAGGCAGCUCUCAAUGGAUGAAAGAUGUCAUGGAUCGCGAGAGUAAUAACUUCUUCGAAUAUCUCAGAAACAGUAUCGAGGAGAAGUCUGGCGACGAGCUUGGUGAUGAAGAUGAUGCUGAGCCACAACAAAUGAGCGUCACCUUCGAAGAGCUGUUCGUUCCAGAAAAGAACUCCUAUAUUGUUGCCGCUCAGGCUUUCUACCAUAUCUUGAGUCUUGCAACGAAGAGAAAGGUAUGGGUCGAGCAGGAUGUUGGUGAUGAGUUAUUGAUCCCAUUCGGAGAGAUUAGAAUUGGUGUUGUCUGA